CAAACGAUAAUCCCCUAUCUCUGAAUCACUCCUUGUGAAACCCUAACCCUAAGGAGGAUUCGCCAUGAAAGGAGGUGAAUCGAAGGCGGAAACUAAAAAGGCAGACAACAAGCUUUCUGUAAAGAAGAAAGGCGUCGGAGCCGAUAAAGUUAGCAAGAAAGCAGGGAAGAAGGAGAAGGCAACUAAGGAUCCUAACAAACCUAAAAGGCCUGCAAGUGCCUUUUUCGUUUUUAUGGAAGAGUUCAGGAAGCAGUACAAGGAGAAACACCCUAACAACAAAUCAGUCUCCGUUGUCAGCAAAGCCGGUGGAGACAAAUGGAAAUCGUUGACAGAAGCCGAGAAGGCACCAUAUGUAGCCAAAGCAGAGAAGAGGAAGAGCGAGUACAAUAAGAGCUUGCAGGCAUACAACAAGAAGAAGGCCGAAGGAGCAAAUGCAGCUGAAGAAGAAGAAGAGGAGUCGGACAAGCCGAAGUUUGAAGUGAACGACGACGAGGACGAAGAUGAGAGUGGAGAGGAAGAUGACAACGAGUAGGCAAAGGGGAUAGUAGCUUGUGGAUGGAAGAAGGGGGGCUAGUUUGUGUAGGGACCUCUGUAGGAUUGCGAUCUUCAUUUUCUGCUACUCUAUCAUCAACGAAGAAAAAAAA